GUCAAGCCCCUAUUGGAUGAAAUUAGAUCCUUCAGCAGCUUCGCCGCAGAUAACGCUCCUAUGACUCGGGAGGUUUUCGGCUUCCAACUCCUACCCCGCGUAUUAUCUCAACGCUGCAGCAUCUCCGCAGGCAAGGUCUUCCUCAUGGCGACCUCCGCCGGUUUCAGUUUGGCCUCUGCUGCCUCCAGAUGCGUGCCCACGACCACUGGACUCACCGGCAUCAGCUUACCCUCCCGUGUCACCUUCUCCAAGCUGAGCAGAAAGCUGGUGGUCCGCGCUGAGGAGGAGUCGGCGCCGCCACCAGCUCCAGGCGGAGCUGUGAAGACUGCCGUCAAGGAGCCACCGCCGCCACCAAUUGGGCCCAAGAGAGGUGCCAAGGUGAAGAUCCUCCGGAGCGAAUCCUACUGGUACAAUGGAGUUGGAUCAGUAGUGACUGUGGACCAGGACCCCAAGACUCGCUAUCCUGUCGUGGUUCGGUUCAACAAGGUCAAUUUUGCAGGCGUCUCCACCAACAAUUAUGCUUUGGAUGAGAUACAAGAAGUGUGAUCAUGUUUGAUUCUUGAAGUAAUUUGUAAUGGUUAAUAAGAUUAUCAGGAAGUAUCAAGUUUGUAUGAUGUACAAUUUCUAUAUAUGCAGACUCUCGGGUCUGAAUUUUCUUGUGA